UAAACCUCGGGGUCGGUUAGUCGCCGCCGUCGGAGCUGUGCCCUGCGUUGUCCCUGCCGCCCCGUCCCUGCAUCCGCUCCCCCCGCCUUGGCCUGGCCCAGCCGCUCUCCCUGCCCUCGCCAUAACCACCCCCGGGUUUCUGCCGUCGGGGCCCCGGGGUCUGGCGGAUGAUGCCGUCGGAGAGCGGAGCUGAGCGCCGGGAUGGGGCGGCUGCGCAGGUGGGGACGGCUGCGGCUUCGGCGGUGGCUACGGCCUCCCCGGCAGGCGGCGGCCCCGACCCGGAGGCCUCGUCGGCCUCCUCCGGCCGACACCUGAGCCGGCUGAGCUGGCGGCAGGUGCAGCGGCUGGACGCGCUCCUGAGCGAGCCGAUUCCCAUUCACGGGCGCGGCAACUUCCCCACGCUGAGUGUGCAGCCGCGGCAGAUCGUGCAGGUCGUCCGCAGCAGCCUGGAGGAACAGGGGCUGCGCGUGCACAGCGUGAGGCUGCACGGCUCUGCUGCCAGCCACGUGCUGCACCCAGAGAGUGGCCUGGGCUACAAAGACCUGGACCUGGUGUUCCGUGUGGACCUGCACAGUGAGGCGUCCUUCCAGCUGACCAAGGCGGUGGUGCUGGCCUGCCUGUUGGACUUCCUGCCGGCCGGCGUGAGCCGAGCCAAGAUCACACCGCUGACACUCAAGGAGGCCUACGUGCAGAAGCUGGUGAAAGUGUGCACGGACAGAGACCGCUGGAGCCUCAUCUCACUGUCCAACAAGAGUGGCAAAAACGUGGAGCUCAAGUUUGUGGACUCGGUGAGGCGCCAGUUUGAGUUCAGCGUGGACUCCUUCCAGAUCAUCCUGGACUCCCUGCUGCUCUUUGGCCAGUGCUCAUCCACACCCAUGUCCGAGGCCUUCCACCCGACAGUGACAGGUGAGAGCCUCUACGGGGACUUCGCCGAGGCCCUGGAGCACCUGCGGCACCGUGUCAUCGCCACCCGCAGCCCGGAGGAGAUCCGGGGGGGCGGUCUGCUCAAGUACUGCCACCUCCUGGUGCGGGGCUUCCGGCCGCAGCCCAGCACCGACGUGCGUGCCCUGCAGCGCUACAUGUGCUCCCGCUUCUUCAUCGACUUUCCUGACCUGGUGGAACAGCAGCGCACACUGGAGCGCUACCUGGAGGCCCACUUUGGCGGGGCUGAUGCCGCCCGCCGCUAUGCCUGCCUGGUGACGCUGCACCGGGUGGUCAAUGAGAGCACCAUGUGCCUCAUGAGCCACGAGCGCCGCCAGACGCUGGACCUCAUCGCCACCCUGGCGCUCCAGGCGCUGGCCGAGCAGGGCCCGGCGGCCACUGCUGCCCUGGCCUGGCACUGUCCGGGCCCCGACGGGGUCAUGCCUGCCACUGUCAGUUACUAUGUAACCCCCGUGCAGCCUCUGCUGGCCCGGGCCCACUCCUACCCCACCUGGCUGCCUUGCAACUGACUCAGACCCUGGCCAGGAAGGACUGGGCCUUGCCAGGCAGGGCGCGCCCUCCAGGGGUGUGCAAAGGACAUGACCAGCGCCAAGCAGCCUGGAACAGGAGGCCCAGGACUGCUGCAGGGGGGGUCUUCUAUUGAACAGACCAGACUCUCCAGAGGGAAGCCCCUGUGGCUCAAGGCCAAGUUGGGGUCCUUGGCAGGAGGGCCUUUCGGUUAUUGUAUCACACUCUUGGAUCAGCAUGACUGUGAGGUGCAGGGGCUAUUUGUCCUGGGGGUUGAUGGCCUUCAGAAAUCGAAGUAAGUUUGGGGUGGCAGCUGCAAUGCCCUGCACCUUGGGUUGAUUUCCGUGGCCUAGAAAAGGUAUUUUUGGGCCAGGGCCAGCCCACAGCGAUCCCAGCAGCCUCUGAGGGCCUGCAGCCCAUACAUGUGGCUAAAAGGUUGUGGGGACUCUACUUACUUUGGGUUGGCUGGGUCUCUGAUGGGGCCUGGUGAAGGGAAACUGAGGCAUUAGACCGAUAACUGGGUUUGAGGAGGGGUAGGAUUAGCCUACUCCCAUAACACCAUUACUCCAAGCUGUGAAGCUUUCCUUUGGAAGGGUCUCCUUGUACAGUGGGCAGGAGCCAGGCAGCCGAUGUGUUGUUCCUUCCGGUGUGUUGCUCCUUUCCCCUGUGUGGUGAGGGGCCCUCCAGCCUGGGAGCUUGUUCUUAAGAGGGGGCCGGGUCCAAAUUGGCAACAGUCCAGUCCUAGUGCUCUCUCCCCACUCAGGGGAGGGGAACCAUGUCUCACCUCUUUUCCCAUCCCUCUGGAUCUAUGACUUGCACUCUUAACACCUGCCAAUAAAAACUGU